AUGUCUGCCCCUUCUAUCACCAACUACAUUGUCAAGCGCCCAUGGCUCAAGCGGUGGAUGACCCCGUUGGCCCAGUGGUACACCGACGCCGCCGGCUACAGGAGAAUCGGACUGAAGGCCGAUGACCUGAUUCCCGAGGAGAGCGAGGUCGUCCAGACCGCUAUCAAGCGUCUUCCCCCCCAAGGAGGCCUACGACCGUGUCUUCCGUAUUCGCCGCGCAUUCCAGGUUCGUCCCCUACCCCCUUCACCUGCUCGAUCUCGCACACUCUCCUUCCCGCCGAAGAGCAGAUCAAGCCUCACGAGGAUGUCGAAUACCUUAGCCCUAUCAUCCGUGAGAUCGAGGCCGCCAACAAGGAGCGUGAGGAUCUCGACCACCUCACCGUCCGCAAGUAA